AUGGGUUCAGACUCAGACGCAGGCGGCUUUUCCCUCCGAGGAGACUUUCGGGAGAAUCGCCCCAUGUUCACUUUGGGAUAUCACGACUCCAAGAGGGAAACGCCGCUCUCGGAGUUGCACUUUUUCAAGUCUCGGGUCUUCAAGGUUGUGUCUGAGCAUCUGGCAACGCUAAAGGCCAAUGGCGAGAAGGCAACGAGCGAGGCCACGGCGAGCCGGGCUGAUCCCAUUCUCCCGCCUCUCACGCCGGAGGACACUGGCAUGUUUCCCUCCCAGGCGGUCAACACCUAUGUCGCCUAUACGAGUCCCUGGAUCGAUCUCUGCUCAAAGGACCCCGUCAUUGCCAAUAUCUCGCGCCAGGUGCUCAACCUUGAGAUCAACUAUGCGAGCUGGUGCGGCGUGAAGAGCAUCAUCAUCACGGGGCCUUGCCGGGAUGCGUCCAAGGAUGGCGGCAGUCAGGGGAUUGCGCAGUAUUCUAGGGCUGUUCAGGAGGCGCUCACGAUUGCUCCCGCAAUCACCAUCUUGAUUCAUAUCCCUAUGUACCGGGAACCUCUUGCUGGGUCUCAGGCGGAGACGCUGUCGUCACUGAACGCGGAGGCUACCAACGCCACGGAGAGCGAGAUUGACAUCUUUACGACUUGGGAUUCCUGGCAUCAGAUUCGAUCGGUGUGCAGAUACAACCCCCGGCUUCUUGUUGCUCUGAAGAUGCCGAGAGUCGUGCCAGAGAAGGAUCUGCAGAACCGAUGGUUCUCUGAACCUCUUCAUUACCUGACGUUUGGCCCUGAGGUGUUCCAGAACAACAAGCUCGGCUAUCCUAGUCUCACCAAGAAGCACCAGGAUAUGAUCUUCGCCUACAUGCGCUUGAAGAAUGCCCCUUGGAUUCUGCUCUGUGAUGUUGGCCCUGACGUCUCACACAUUGCCGAAGACGGCAAGGAUGAAAAGUCGGUUAUGACAGCAGCCGACUUCCCCAGCUUGGAGGAGGCUCACAAGCCCGCUUUCCGCGUGUCUACGGAGUCCAAUGGUCAUUGCGAAUAUCUGCGGUGGUUGGAAACACAACAGCCUCCAUUUUCAGCAUUAGAGACGCCCAUUCUCACGAAUUUCCAAGACUGGCUACAAUCCCCGCUACAGCCCCUGUCGGACAAUCUGGAGUCGGCAACAUACGAGGUAUUUGAAAACGACGCCAUCAAGUAUGACCAGUACGAGUUAGCCAUCGCGGAGGCUUUGAAGGACUGGAGCGAACUGAAGCUCCCUACUUCUAAGCCCGGUGUUGUCGUCAUGGCAGUUGCCGGCUCCGGCCGUGGCCCCAUAGUCACCAAGGCCAUUCAGGCAGCACAGUCCACCGGCGUCGAGGUGGAAGUCUGGGCUGUCGAGAAGAAUCCCAACGCGUACGUGUACCUGCUCCGCCAAAACGCCCUGAAGUGGGGAGGCAAGGUGAAGGUUGUCAAGACAGACAUGCGAGCCUGGAAGGGGCCCUUGCUCUCGGAUUCUCCCGAGACAGGGCCAGUGUAUGGCAAGGUUGACAUCCUCAUCUCCGAGUUGCUCGGCUCUUUUGGCGACAACGAGCUUUCUCCCGAGUGUCUGGAUGGCAUUCAGCACGUUCUUGCAAAGCCUCACGGUAUCUCGAUUCCACAGUCUUACACGGCGCACCUGAGCCCCAUCUCCACGCCGAAGCUGUAUACGGACAUUAGCUCAAGAGCUCAGACCGACCCCACGGCCUACGAUACGCCUUGGGUGGUGAGCCUGUAUCAACUGGACUUUGUGGCCCAGAGGGUGCCUGGCCACCCUCGAUUUCAGGAAGCAUGGGAGUUUUCCCACCCCAUUCCCGAUUCCACGCUCGAGGCCAUCACCGCACGGCGCUCUGGAGGAGUUGUCGGCGGCACGGGAGGUUCCAUGGCAGGCGCUGCGGGAGCUAACGAUCACAACUCGAGAUUCUGCUAUCUGACGUUUGUUGCGCGAACUCGCGGAGUGACACACGGACUGGCAGGGUACUUUGAGUCCACGCUAUACGAGCAAAAGUCUGGCCCCAACAAGGGCAGGAAGACGGAGCUGAGCAUUCACCCCGAACGAAUUGGCGAGAAGAGCAAGGACAUGGUGUCUUGGUUCCCCAUCUUUUUCCCUCUCAAGACGCCGCUCUACUUCCCUGCAGAUACCGAGCUGGAGGUGAGCAUGUGGAGGCAGACGGAUGACACCAAGGUCUGGUACGAGUGGCUUGUGGAGGCGUGGACCUGGGUUGGACCAUCGGCACGUGUCAAGGUGGGAUCCUCAGAUCUUUGCAGUAGCCGGAAGCUGGCGUGUCUGAUGUAG